AAUAGUUUGGCUGGGAACGCUAGCUGGGUGUAAGUGACUCAUUCUACGAACCGUCUGAAGCACUCUCCUUCGUCAACAGUGACUGUUCAUCGCCUGUUCUUGGAUCACCAUCCGCCGUAUACGCGUUUAUGAGCUCAUUAAACUCGCGUAGGUGUCGCAGUGGACCUCACUUACGAUUGUGGAAAAUGAAGAAUGGGCGAAAUCUGAGGCGUGCCGUCGAUAGAAUUGUGUUUAAAUGGUGUCGGACACCAGAAAAGACGCCGACACAGUGUCGGCCGGCUAUCGCUAUCAGGGUGCAUCACUCCACUGACUCGUCGAACUGCUACGCGCUCUGCCAUGUCCAGUUGUGGCAAUUGCGUUGCUUCUAAACGGAUGAUUUAACGUCUCGGUAACGAGAUUCUUGCUCGGUUGACCGUCAGCUCGCUCCUUAGUUAUUAACGAUGGAUGGCAAUCAUUAAGCCACACAUGAGUGGGUGCGUCUGGAUAUCAUCGCUAAUGUGGCCAGCCACAACAACCUCACGGAUCUUCGCUCUUUGACGUAGUUGCGCGAGCAUAUAGAAUAAACAAUCUCGGCUUCUUAUGACCUACGACUGUAUAACUGGACUUACAUCGACAAUCACGCGAUAGCCAGUGAGCAAUCUUGACUGGCGCAUCAUGUUCUUGAACCACAUCAAGACGAAUGUCGAAUAUAAUGAUCGUUCUCUCAGAAGCAAGCAAGCCUUAGUAAGUUCAGGUACAAGGAACCCGGUGUCUAGCACUUCGCCGCAUGUGCGACGGAUUGGGGACAGCGAUUUUGAAGUCUCUGCACACCAGCAUACUAACCCCAGCAGCUCUGACCCGUCGAAAUUGCCGCCGCAACACUGACCAGACGGCCUCGCUGAAAUCGCGUUUCUGAUAUUUGCCUGCAGCACAAUAACCAUAUAAUUUAAGUAGAUUUAUGUGAAUGUACCGCUUACGAAAAUAGUCGACAGCCCCUGCAAAUAUGAUGAAGAAGAGUUUUUUUAUUAAAAACGUAUUACUGGGUCUCCAAAUUUAUGAUCACAUGAAUUUCGUCAUCUGAGGUCUGAUUUGAGAGAUGAUAGA